AUGGCCCAAGCUAUAGUGACCUUCAUAGUGCAGAGUCUUGGUGAUUUGCUCAUUCAAGAAGCAGUGUUCUUAAAUGGGGUGGAAGACAAAGUGCAGCAGCUGCGAACUGAAUUGAGGAGGAUGCAGUCUUACUUGCAAGAUGCAGAUAGAAGGCAAGACGAGGAUGAAAGCCUCCGCAAUUGGAUUUCAGAAAUCAGGGAAGCUGCUUAUGAUUCUGAUGAUGCAAUUGAGACAUAUGCACUCAAAGGAGCAUCAAGAAGAAACUUGAGUGGUAUGCUGAACCUCAUCAAAAGGUAUGCUUUAAAGUUCAUAGAAACCCAUCAAUUGGGAUCUCAGGUUGAUGAUAUCAUAGCUAGGAUAUCUAGCCUCACAAGGUCUUUGCAAACUUAUGGCAUAAGACCUGAAAGAGGGGAAGCCUCAAAUUCCAUGCAUGGGAGGCAGAGAGCUUUGAGGAGAUCUUACUCUCAUGUUAUUGAAGAGGACAUAAUUGGUGUGGAGAAUGAUGUAAAUGUUAUGGAGUCAUGUUUGGUCAACCCCAAUAAAGGUUACAAAGUAGUUGCCAUUUGUGGGAUGGGGGGUAUAGGGAAAACAACAUUAGCAAAAAAGGUAUACCAUAGUACUAAUGUCAGGCACCAUUUUGAAAGCUUGGCUUGGGCUUAUAUAUCACAGCAUUGCCAAGCAAGGGAUGUGUGGGAAGGAAUUCUGUUUAAGCUUAUAGCUCCUUCCAAAGAGCUAAGAGAGGAACUUGUCAAUAUGAGAGAUGAGGAACUUGCAAGGAUGCUUUACCAAGUUCUAGUGGAGAAGAGAUGCUUAGUAGUCCUUGAUGAUAUUUGGAGUGCAGAUACCUGGAACAAUCUCAGUCCUGCUUUCCCAAGUGGGAGAUCAUUAUCAGUAGUUGAUAGCAAAAUAUUGCUAACUACUCGAAACACUGAUGUUGCGUUACAUAUGGAUCCUACUUGUUAUCUUCAUAAACCAAGAUGUUUAAAUGAAGAUGACAGCUGGGAGUUGUUCCAAAAGAAGGCGUUUCCAAAAAAUGAUGAUCCAGGCUUCGAAAUUACAGUAGAGAUGGAGAAGUUGGGAAGGGAAAUGGUUGGAAGAUGUGCAGGUUUACCAUUGGCCAUCAUUGUUCUUGGAGGACUAUUAGCAACAAAGCCUACAUUCUAUGAAUGGGACACUGUGCGUCAGAACAUCAACUCAUACUUGAGGAGAGCAAAAGGCCAUGAACAACUAUUGGGAGUAUCUGAGGUGCUAGCUUUGAGCUAUUACGAAUUGCCAUACCAAUUGAAGCCAUGUUUUCUACACUUAGCCCAUUUCCCAGAAAAUUUAGAGAUACCAACAAAGAAAUUAAUAAGAAUAUGGGUGGCAGAAGGUAUUAUAUCAUUGGCUCAGAACGAAGGAGAAUGUGAGGAAGCUCUAGAGGAUGUGGCACAACGUUACUUGACUGAACUGGUGGAAAGGUGUAUGAUUCAGGUGGUGGAAAAGAGUUCAACAGGAAGAAUUAGAACUUUUCAAAUGCACAACCUCAUGAGGGACCUUUGCGUAUCUAAGGCAUAUCAAGAAAACUUUCUUGAGGUGAUUAAUUCCUGGAAUGUAGAUGAAUCUACGGCCUCAAGAGCAAGGCAUGUUUGUAAAGUUCGCAGGAUUGCCUUAUAUCUGGAUCAAGAUAUUGAUAGGUUCUUCCCUUCACACUUGAAAAGCCACCGCUAUCUUAGGUCUCUACUUUGCUACCAAGAAAAGAUAGCUAGGCUAAGUGAAUGGGGUUUGAUGAAGCUGGUUUUCAACAAAUGCAGGUUACUUCGAGUCUUGAACUUGGAAGGAAUACAGGGUCAGAGAGGAAAGUUGCCAAAAGAAAUUGGCUACUUGAUCCACCUAAGGUUUCUGAGUCUAAGAAAUACAAAAAUUGAUGAGCUGCCCUUAUCAAUAGGCAAUUUGAGGUGCUUGCAGACCCUGGAUCUUCUAACAGGGAAUUCAACAGUACAAAUACCAAAUGUAAUAGGGAACAUGGACAAAUUGAGACAUUUAUAUCUACCAGAGUCUUGUGGAGAUAGCACUGAAAAAUGGAACCUAGCCAAUCUGACAAACUUGCAGACCUUGGUUAACUUCCCUGCAGAGAAGUGUGAUGUAAGAGAUCUUAUGAAAUUAACCAAUUUAAGAAAAUUGGUGAUAGAUGAUCCUAAAUUUGGAGAUAUCUUCAAGUCUCAUGAUGUGACAUUUAGCCACCUUGAGUCAUUGUUUUUUGUUAGUUCUGAGAAUAUGUCAAUUGUCCUAGUUGUAGCAGGCUGUCCCAAUCUUUACAAGCUGCACAUAGAAGGGCCUAUAAUGAAUUUUCCUGAACCCCACCAAAUUUCUUCCAAGCUAGCCAAGCUAAAGUUGCAGGGUUCUGGACUUCUUAUAGAUCCAAUGACAACAUUAGAGAAGCUUCCAAAUUUAAGGUUGCUUGAGUUACAACUGGAUUCAUUCAUGGGAAAGCAACUAGUUUGUUCCAGCAAAGGUUUCCCUCAGCUUAAGUCUCUGCUUAUCUGUGACUUGACCAAUCUUGAAGAGUUGAAGUUGGCUAAAGGAGCCAUGCCUAGUCUUAGCAAACUUGAGAUUGCAAGUUGCACUAAUCUUGAAAUGGUUCCAGAUGGGCUCAGGUUUGUCACCACUCUUCAGGAUUUGGAGAUCAGAUCAAUGUUUGCAGCAUUCAGAAGUAAACUUGAAAAAAGAGGAGAGGAUCAUUACAAAGUUCAACAUGUGCCAACCGUGGUAUUUAGUUAUUGUGACUAUUAG